AUUUACGUAACGUCACACCUUCCGGACGAUUUUCAUCCAGCUAUUAUGAACUGUCUCAGUCCUUCCGGCCGCUACAGCGUCGCAGUGGGAUUUUUAACACUUUCGCACACUUGGUCCUCAUCGUAAUCCGUGUCCUUCUUAUAACAGUAAUCAUCCUCGUCCACAUAGCGGCGGUCCGUUUUAUUUUCGAGCAAGAUGCAGAAGAGAAGGAAGCCCGAGCCCAUCCAACUCAACCCGAUCCCCGAUGGGAAUAUCAUCAACGGCAGCGGAGCCACAGAAACAAACUUGGAAGCCCUACAAAAGAAGCUAGAAGAGUUGGAACUGGAUGAGCAGCAACGCAAACGUCUGGAAGCGUUCCUGACCCAGAAACAAAAAGUGGGAGAGCUGAAAGAUGACGAUUUUGAGAAGAUAUGCGAACUCGGCGCGGGCAACGGAGGAGUCGUCUUCAAAGUGUCCCACAGGCCAUCGGGAUUGAUCAUGGCCAGAAAGCUCAUCCAUUUAGAAAUCAAACCAGCCAUCAGGAACCAGAUCAUAAGAGAGCUUCAAGUGCUCCAUGAAUGCAACUCCCCAUACAUCGUGGGCUUUUACGGCGCUUUCUACAGUGAUGGAGAAAUCAGCAUCUGCAUGGAGCAUAUGGAUGGUGGCUCCCUUGAUCAGUCCCUCAAGAAAGCUGGAAAGAUCCCAGAGCAAAUCCUUGGCAAAAUCAGCAUUGCGGUUAUUAAAGGACUCUCAUACCUAAGGGAAAAACACAAGAUCAUGCACAGAGAUGUCAAGCCUUCUAAUAUCCUGGUGAAUUCCCGUGGGGAGAUCAAGCUGUGUGACUUUGGAGUCAGUGGACAGCUCAUAGACUCCAUGGCCAACUCCUUUGUGGGCACGCGCUCCUACAUGUCUCCAGAGCGUUUACAAGGCACCCAUUACUCGGUCCAGUCAGACAUCUGGAGUAUGGGUCUAUCCCUAGUUGAAAUGGCCAUUGGACGCUUUCCUAUCCCACCACCUGACACCAAAGAGCUGGAACACAUUUUUGGUACUCAAGUGGGAGGUGGGAGCUCUGCAGAGUCAUCACCAAAGGCUGGACCUCCUGGGAGACUUGGUAGCUCAUAUGGAUCGGAUAGUAGGCCUCCAAUGGCCAUCUUUGAGUUACUUGACUACAUAGUCAAUGAGCCUCCACCAAAGCUGCCUGGGAUGUUAUUCAGUUCAGAAUUUCAAGACUUUGUCAAUAAAUGCUUGAUAAAGAACCCGGCAGAAAGGGCAGACUUGAAACUGUUAAUGGUUUGUUUACACACACAGUCACCACGUUUCAAUCUUCAAAUCAUGACAUUUCGUCUUCCCAACAGGUGCACCCUUUUAUCAGACAGUCAGAGGCAGAGCAAGUUGAUUUUGCUGGCUGGUUGUGCACCACCAUUGGACUCAAGCAGCCUGGGACACCCACUCAUGGCUCAGCAAUAUGACGACCACCAGAUACUGUCAAACCUGUGCCCUUUAAUUGUCUCACAGGGUUUCUACAAUUUGUAUAAGAUAGUAAGCCAAAAAGAAAAAUGAAAUGUUAUAUUUUAAUUUCAAAUCUAAUCGCCAAGUGAAAUUACAAAGUUUAAACUAAUUUGGGUUUCAUUGUAAGCCAGCCUGAAAAGCCAUCUUUUUCUCAUAACCCUAUCAUAAAUGCGCUUGAAGCCCAGCAUUAUUGUUGUGAAAUGUUUGGUGAAUUAAACUGUGAACACGA